AUUUAUAAAGAAAGUUUUAUAGCCAAUAAUAGUCUACAUUGUCUAAAGCAUUAGAAGAAUUGAAAUCUUAAUGUGAAAAGCCCAUUUUACAGUCACAUAUUUUCACAAUAGCUUGCAAUGCCAUAAAUGGUUGUGGGCUACGGGCUUUAUGAGAUACUCUUCAUAGCAAUAUUAAGCCCAUAAAUUAUUCUCUUUGAUAAGAUCAACUCACAAAGUUAUACCAACUAAUGAUAAAAAAAAUGUCAUGGCAACUAAGUCUUUUAUCUUUAGCCACCGUAAUCGUUAAGGGCGAUUCGACAGUUAUAGUUUAUACUUAUAAUAAUAAAAAUAAUGUUUAUACGUUUUUUUUGUUUUUAAUAAAGUUUAAUUAAUAAUAUAAAUGUAUUAGAAAAUGAACUACUAUUGUUCUAAUAAUAAUAAUAACAUCAGAUAGAAUUUAUAUUGAAUUGUUGCCCACAAACAACUUAUACUAAAUUUAUUUUAAUAUUAUCUUAAACUUUUAAACAUAAUCUAAUACCGUUAUAUUACCAUAAAAAAAAAUACCACUAUAGGAAUCAUAAAAUGGACCUAGAUAAAAUUUUGUUAUUAUGUGUUAUCUUACACUUUCAACUAACUACAUUUUUAAAUAUUAGUGUCAGUUAAAAAAAUAUUUUUAUAUGAUAAAUAUUUAUUCUAAAUGACUAACAUAAUUAAAAUUGAUUAUACUGACAUGUUAAGAUAAUUUUUUGAUAAUUAUAUUUUAUUAUUUUUAUUUUUAUCAAAUAAUUUAUCACUUUUUUUUCCUUUUCAAACUUUUAAAAAGUGAAUGUAAAAUAUAUUUUUUACAAAACAUAACAUAUCUGUCUAAAAAAUUCUAGUGAUCAAUUAAAACUACUAAAUCGAGUUAGUCGAAUUGAAUUAGCUCAAAUUUAUUUAAUAAAAUAUAAAAUUUAAAAUUUGAAUUUGAAUUAAAUUUAGAAUUUUUAAUCUAAUUUAAUCAAACAUCUAAAAAUUUUAAGAAAUCAAAUUUUUAUUUAUCUUGUAUAUUAUUUUGACAAAUUUGAAUUUUCUUUUUCAAAAUUAUGGUGGGUAAACUCAUUUUAAAUAUCUAUUUGAAAGUAGUGUUUGUUUGUCAUGACAUUUAGAGAGACAGGUGUCACCUUGCCGGUGCGUUUUCUGUACCUUUGAACGGCCAAAAUCCAAAGUCACAACCUUCACCGAAAUCCAUAGCCAUCCUCAAAGCACUCUCGCACGUGUCAUCCCAUCAAUCAGAAAACGACCACAACACUCUCACUUAAAAAAGGAGCCAACACGUGCCCAUGCACGUGGCCUUCAUCAUCACCGCCACAUGGCACGUGUCAGACCUUAACCUAUGUACCGACUUCAUCCUUUCCCAGAUUUUUAUGCUCCAUUUCACUAUAUAAACACCUUGCUUCAGUGCUUCUUCUACCAUCCACACCAACAACUUCGCAACCACUAUAAUUUUGUAUAAGCAAAACCAUUUCCACUAUGGCAAGUUAUCAAAGCCAAUACGGUGAUCAAGGUCGCAAAACCGAUGAGUAUGGUAACCCUGUGACCCAAACUGAUCAAUAUGGCAACCCUGUGAGUCACGGUGGUGCCACCUACGGAACCGGUGCCGGGUACACCGGUGACACCGGUAUGCAGUAUGGUACUACUACCGGUGGAACCGGUUAUGGAACCACCACUGCCGACACUGGCACUGGUCAUAGAAGUGGAGCCACCGGUGGUUAUGGAACCGGAACUACCGGUGGAACUGGUUAUGGAACCACCACAGCGGACACUGGCACUGGUCAUAGAAGUGGAACCGCCGGUGUUUAUGGAACUGGAACCACCGGUGGAACCGGUUAUGGAGCCACUGGAGGCACCGAUUAUGGAACCACCGGUGGAACCGGCUAUGGAAUCAACACUGGGGGUGCGCAUACUGAUGCGGGAUAUGGUCAUGGAACCACUGGGCAGCAUGGUCAUGAACAUGCACAUGGUGGGUAUGAUGCAUCGGGAGAGCAACAACAUGAUAAAAAAGGGAUAAUGGAUAAGAUAAAGGAGAAGCUUCCUGGAGGACACCAUGACAAGUAGAUGCAUGCGUAUACAUAUAUGUUGUCUUUGAAACUUUGAAUAAAUAUAUGUAUGCUGUGUACUGUGUAACGUACUCUACUAUCUUGUGUAAAUGUAGAGGAUACACAUAUAAGGGUAUAAAAUAGAAGAAUAAAAAGUGCAUGCAUGCAUGUAUAUGUUUUCUCUCGUGUUGAAUAUAUAGGGACAUUAUGUAAAGCCUUUUCGGCCUGUUGUUCUGGGCACUCUCGUAGUACGGGAAGUGGGUGCUUCAUUUCGUUAUUCCCUUCUUUCUUCUGAGUUGUAGCUUUCUUAAAUGAAAUAUCAAUCUUUAGUGUUAUGGUUUGAGAUAAAACUAUUUGCCUCUGUUUGUCGUUUUCGUAAUCCUGAAGUCAGGUUUGUUAAAAUAGAUUCUUUUUGUAGGAGAGUAUCAAUUCACUAAAAUUAAUUAAAAAUUUAUUGAAAUAAUUUUUUAAAAAUAAUGGGAUUUCUGUAAAUUAGAUAUAUUGAAAAGCAUGUGACGAGUCCACAUAUUUUUCAAGUUAUAAUUGGCUUUUAUACCUUAUUUUCUGUCAGCAGUGUUGGAAAAAUUGGUCCACUGCCAGCUUCUUAUAGAUGAGUAGUUACUGCGCUAUCGGGCCUCAAGUUUGACCAAGUCCUCAAGCAAUAAAAUUAGCACGCGUGUUGGUAAAUCAUAAAUGGAUGAAGAUGUUAAAUAUCUUUCACACGUUAGAAAGAGAUGGAACGGGGUGAGAAAAUGACAGGCCACCCAUGAUAGGAAAGUAAUUUUAAAUUUUGAAAACGAAUUAUUAAUAUAUGUGGAGAGUAUUUGCUUUAUUUUGUUAAUUAGUUUUUAAAAAAACUAUUAAGCCUAUUUUUACUUGUGCCACAUAUUCAGCAAUUGAAUUUCUUUUUAAGUUUUUCGGGCUCAUGUUUUAAUGGUAUUGUCUAAAUUAUUUUUUAAUGUCAGUAUUUGCAUGGUUGGUGGAUAAACAUUAUAUAAAAGUAGGAAAAGUAUAUAAAAUUAAUUUUGGUAAUUUGUAAAGAUUCUUUAAGAGGAAUAAAAAAUGAUAGGAAAAAAAGAAUAAAUUAGUAGUAAAUUUUAAUAACUUAAAUUUUAUAAAGUCUAACAUGAAUAUAUAUUUUAGUAGUAGUAGUAGUUAUAUAUAUAGUUAAUAAAGAAAUUACCAUCAAGAAACAUGCAAAUACCUCAAGUAAUUAAUCUUUACAAUUAUUACUGUGAUUAGUUGGGAAUAUUCCGAGUUACUAUCAAAACGGGGAAAAAAAGGUACAAUAAUUAACUACUCCACUUAUGGAUGUAAGAUUAAAUGAGACAUUUUUUGUUUCUCUCAAGCCAAACAUGUUUCCAUUUGAUUCUGUGCGGCUAGAAGAGUCCAAUUAUUGGUCACUGGUUUCUCGUCUUCGAUUUCAGUAUUGCUCUCACUCAUGUCUUGGAUUUCCAAUAUUUCGACUCUACGAUUAGUCUUUUUCUUUAUUCUGAUUGCAACAUCCUGUGGGAUAAACCUGCCACACACAACUACCCUGGUUUGCUUUUUCUCUAGCAGAUGACUCUCCAAC